GUUGCAGCUCGGUGUCUUAAAAUGGAACUAAUAUGGGAGUUAAUGAGUCCGUGACUUUCCUCAGCGCGUUUAUUCGGUCCCCUUCAGAGAAAUCGAACUUAUUGGACUAACUAUGUUGUCCUCAUGUCAAGCGAUAAUCAUGCAAAAGAAUUAGAUAUGAUAAUAUUGGAGCAAAUGUGUUAAAUCUAUGGAGGGAUUCGACAAUACGUAGCCGAGCGGCCAGCUCCAGAGUCCCUGAGCUUUUCAAGAACUUGUCCAAGAUCGGCUGUCAAGAAUCAUGGAUUGUUUUCAUCUGCCUUGUUUUCUGUCAAGACACCAUGAUUCCUGGUAACCGAAUGCUGAUGGUAAUUUUAUUAUGCCAAGUCUUACUGGGAGGUAAUGCUAGUCUGAUACCAGAGGAAGGAAGGAAAAAGUUUGCGGAACAAAACCAGGCGGGUGGACGUCGCUCUCCGCAAAACCAUGAACUGCUACGGGAAUUCGAGGCCACUUUACUCAAUAUGUUCGGACUCCACAGGCGCCCACAGCCCAGUAAAUCUGCCGUUGUUCCCCAGUACAUGCUGGAUCUCUACAGACUCCAGUCUGGGGACGGGGUCACCCACGACAUCAGCUUCGAAUAUCCCGAGAGGUCCACCAGCCGGGCCAACACCGUGAGGAGCUUCCACCAUGAAGAACACUUGGAGCUGAUGCCAGGGCAGAGGGAAGACACCCAACUUCGUUUUGUGUUUAAUAUCAGCGCGGUGCCCGAGAAUGAGGUACUCUCGUCGGCAGAACUGAGGCUGUACCGAGAGCAAAUCGACACCGUUUUGAACUGGAACGAAGGGUUCCACCGCAUCAAUGUUUAUGAAAUCAUGAGAGCCCCCAGCGAGAAGGGCGACCUCAUCACCAGACUCCUAGACACCAGGCUGGUCCACCAGAACAGGACACGAUGGGAGAGUUUUGACGUGAGCCCGGCAGUGCUGAGAUGGACCUUGCAGAAACAACCCAACCACGGGCUGGCCGUCGAGGUGAUUCACCUGAACGAAACGAGAAGCCGGCAAGGGAUGCACGUGAGGAUUAGCAGGUCGCUGCACCAGAGGCACGGCGACUGGUCUCAGUUCAGACCCUUGCUGGUAACUUUCAGCCACGAUGGCAAAGGACAUGCUCUGAUUCGGAGGGUGAAACGUAGCAGCAAAGGCCAGAAACGCAAGAAAAACAAAUCGCACUGCAGGAGGCACUCUCUCUAUGUGGAUUUCAGCGACGUGGGUUGGAAUGACUGGAUAGUGGCACCGCCUGGUUACCAGGCUUUUUACUGUCACGGAGACUGCCCGUUUCCACUGGCAGAUCACCUGAACUCUACCAAUCACGCUAUCGUGCAAACGCUUGUAAAUUCUGUAAAUUCCAACAUCCCCAAGGCUUGCUGUGUCCCUACAGAACUCAGUCCCAUAUCAAUGCUCUACUUGGACGAAUACGAUAAAGUUGUUCUGAAAAACUAUCAGGAGAUGGUUGUGGAGGGAUGUGGGUGCCGCUGAAAAACAAUAAGUGACUUUUUAUAAUGUCUGGACACUAUUUGUAACAGGCGUUCGCCAUUACAUUAUUUAUGACCUAUGUGCAAAUGUUGACCAUAUGAUCAUAUAUUUUGACAAAAUAUAUUUAUAACUACAUAUAAAAGGAAAAUAAAAUUG